AGCCGCGAUGAGGGAUGAGGACAGGAAAAUAAUAAGAGUCAAAGAAAUUUAAAAAAGAAUAAGAAAAGAGACCCAUCCCCGCACGAGAGGCAUCGCUCCUGCUCCGUGCGUUUGACGACGAAGGGACAACUGGGAGCUGCGGGAACCGAGUGAGGAACGGAGAGGCUCUGCUGACCCUGACUCCGCGCACACAGCAGCCUCCUUCACCUCCAGUCAGGCCAGUGCCUUGCUGACCCCCCGACUCGGCCGAGAUGGCUCCCACCCUGGCCACAGCCUUCUCCCGCCGCUGGUGGAUGGCGGUGACGGCGGUCAUCGAGAACCUGCUCUUCUCCGCCGUGCUGCUCGGCUGGGGAUCCCUGCUCAUCAUGCUCAAAUCCGAGGGCUUCUACUCCUACAUGUGUAAAGGACUAGAAAACAGCUCCAGCCUCAGCUUCCCCAAUGCGUCCACCUCUCCGAACGCCAGCGCAGACGAAGAGUACCUGGAAAUGAAUGGCUGGCCCAUCUGCAAGGACCAGGACGAGAUGCUGAACCUGGCCUUCACCGUGGGCUCCUUCCUGCUGUCGGCCAUAACUCUGCCCAUGGGCAUUGUCAUGGACAAAUACGGACCACGGAAGCUGAGACUUGUGGGCAGUGCCUGCUUUGCCUUUUCCUGCCUCCUCAUCGCCUACGGAGCCAGUGAUCCCACCAAUCUGUCCAUACUGAUCUUCUUUGCGUUGGCGCUGAACGGGUUUGGAGGCAUGUGCAUGACCUUCACUUCUCUGACGCUCCCCAACAUGUUUGGUGACCUGAGGUCGACCUUCAUCGCCCUGAUGAUUGGAUCCUACGCCUCCUCCGCUGUCACCUUCCCCGGCAUUAAGGUGAUCUACGAUCUGGGUGCCACCUUCAUCUCCAUCCUGACCGUUUGGGCCGGCUGUGCCUGCCUCGUCUUCGUCAACUGCUUCGUCAACUGGCCCCUGGAGCCCUUCCCCGGCCCGGAGGACAUGGAUUUCACGGUGAAGAUCAAGUUCAGCUGGCUGGGCUUUGACCACAAGAUCACGGGGAAGCAGUUUUACCGCCAGGUGACCACCGUGGGGCGCCGCCUCAGCGUCGGCAACUCCAUCAAGCAGCAGCACCAGCCGCAAAAAGACCUGGCCACGCAGGAGGCCAACAAGCUGUGCCUGUCCACCGUGGACCUGGAGGUGAAGUGCAAGGCGGGGGGAGAGACUCAGUCCUUCAUGAAAAGCAUCCUCAGUCCCAUCUUCUUGCUGAGCCUCAUCACCAUGUGCGUGACCCAGCUGCGCCUCAUCUUCUACAUGGGCGCCAUGAACACCAUCUUGGAGUCCCUGACCGCGGGAGACCUAAGCACAGUGAGCGUUUACACGUCCAUCUUUGGCGUGCUCCAGCUUUUGUGUCUGGUCACCUCACCCGUGAUCGGCUACGUCAUGGACUGGAGACUCAAAGAUUGCGAGGAUGAGAACGACAAGAGCGCCAAUAGGGAGCCCGGUCAGCCCCGUGGCCCCGACAAACAGAUCCAGAAGAUCGUCAACGCCACCAGAGCCUUCAUUUUCACCAACCUGCUCCUCGUCGGCUUUGGAUUCACCUGCAUCGUCCCCAACCUGCCUCUUCAGAUUCUGUCCUUUGUCCUGCACACCAUCGUCAGAGGCUUCAUCCACUCGGCGGUCGGAGGCCUCUACGCCGCUGUGUACCCAUCCUCUCAGUUUGGCAGCCUGACAGGCAUGCAGUCUCUGAUCAGCGCUCUGUUCGCCCUGCUCCAGCAGCCUCUCUUCAUGGCCAUGGUGGGACCCCUGGAAGGAGACCCUCUCUGGGUGAACGUGGGCCUGCUGGUGCUGAGCAUGAUGGGAUUCUGCCUGCCCCUCUACCUGCUGUGCCACAGCCGUCACCUCCAGCGCCUCAGAGACGAGCGCGAAGAGGACCCCAAGAUCUACGUCAAGAUCAACGACGGCAGCAAGCCCGAGGCCUUCGUCUAGACCGAGAAGAAAGAGUGGAGAGUUCCUACACCAAAAAGAGACGAGAGAGGCGGCGGGGAGAGGGAGGAGGGGAGGGAGGGAAGGCCGGUGGAGGCCAUUUACAACUCUGUUCUGCAUCACCUCCCUCCCUUAUACACACACACACAUCUUGACACACACUCUCCAUCACACUGCCAUAUUGCCAUUUGGCCAAACAUGACGGCGCACCACUGUGACACCCAGUUUCGCCCUCCCUCAUCUGUUGAGUAUACACUGUGGGAGCUCUGACACACACGUACACAAUAAUACACAUCCUCUCCAGCCACGGUGAGAUUUGUGUUUGUGUGUGCGUGUGUGUGUGUGUGUGUUCGACUGCAUCUUUGAAAUGAGGAGAAAAAUAGACCAAUGGGAGAAAGAAGAAGACACCCAAAUGACUCCUCUUCGUCACUUUUGUCAUCUUUACUUGUCAGUGUUACGCGUGUCUCUGGCGGUCGACCCGUUUAGCCGCUGCCAGUCCUACUUACAAAUCACAGAAGAAGAUGCCGGCCGAUGGAAAAUGAGGAAAACUUGGAGGAGACAAAUUCCUCGGCGACAGUACUGUGCGUUGACAACACCCAGGUUAACCACAUGACAUAAACUGGUGUGUUGCGAACAUGUAGUAACCACUGAGUAACCACGGCGACCUUUGCUCUCUGAUUGAUCAAGGUUUGAGUCUAAAUGGGGCUGCCUGGUUUAUUCGUGAGGACUCAAGCAUUGUCUGGGAGACCAAAAAAAGUACAUGCAUGCACAUGCACGCACACACACACACACACACACACACACACAUAUUGACACAUGGACACACAAGGCCUGACGUCCCUGCUUCCUCUCGUGCUCGAGGGCAUUAACUGAAUCCACAGACAGCAGUAUUGGUAGCAGUCGGGAGUGAAACGCAGAGUACGAGAGCGCAUGGCGCACAGGCAGAGUGGGAGGAAACCUCAGCGGCGUCUCUGUGUACGUGACAAGAUGCAGUGCGACGACGUGGCUGCUGGUGUUCAGUAAACUCCACUGCAUGAUCCCCGUGACGCCAGUGCUCGUCCUAUAUCACAGUUUCACUCAGUUCACUCAGUCACUCUCGCAGGAACACACUCAAAAUUGCCAAUGCCGCUCUCGUUUUUCUGUUUCCCAAAUCAUGAAUUCCUAAUGUAUGUUUGGAAUAUGUCACCAUUUGUUGUUGGUUUUCUUUGUUGUUGGUUUUUUUCAAAUGUAUUUAUUGCAAUACAAUUGCAGACGUACUGUUAAAUCUUUUUUUCCCUCCUGAUCUGAAGAUGUGGAGGAGGACAAAUGUUUAGAGUGAUUAGACGCUAUUAGACGUUGUGUGUUUUGAAAAGGGUUGUCGCGGCGUAGACGUGGAGAGCCCCGUGUUGCUCCGCUUGCUACACACACGCACACACGAGAUUGGCGUUCAGAUUCGUCGUAGCAAUAAGUGCUUCUGUGGGAAUGCCGGGCAACGCGCUGACACACAAUCACAUACGGAAAGGCGUUUCAUUUGAUGUGCUGUAUCUAUGAAUCACAAAGGGUGCUAGUCAAUUACAGAAAUGUGUUUUGAGUAUUUUUGUUUUAAGGGGGCAGAUGAAUUUCAUUUUGCCACACAGGCUAUAGAUUGCCAUCAAUUUACCAAGAAGGACCGGCUCCUACAGUGGAUUUCCAAAGAACCAAUCAUUCUCUUUGCUCCCAAUGGGGUUUUGUGAUGAUUCUGCACUGUAACACAGUGGAACCACAGUGGCAGCAGCAGCAGCAGCUCUGGGAAACUUGAAUUCACCUCUAACAGACAUAAAGGGAGAUAAGUUUAAAGGUGGCAGGCUGAUAAAAAAACAAUAGGGUUAUUGUCUUUGAAAGAAAAGCCCGGGACACGUCCAGGAGCGUGGAGUGUGUAGAGAACGAUACGGGAGGGAGAUAAGAUUUGCGAUUUGAUUCAGUCGGCUGUCCACCGGGUGUCGUCGAGCGAGGCCCCUCGGAUGUUUUCCCUCUGGCAGUAGACUAACGGAGGCAGGAUGUGACACGCCCGGUCCAUCUCUCCCUCCGUCCAUGUGUCUAUCUCUCUAUCUUUCUGUCCAUCCGUCGCUUUCAUCCGCCCAUCGGUCCGCAAAAGAACACGUCUCCAAGUGUUAACCGAUGACCUAGCUGAGAGACGAGCCCCCGCUGCCACCAGAGGCUCCCAGUGAAUGGUUAAGUGAGAAACGAAUGGCACAUGAUGCACUUUAGACCCCUGAAAAAAUGGACCUCAGUCGUGUAUUUCUGAAUGGCCUGCCCCCCCCCACUGUAUUGUACACGCAGAGCAUGACUGCUUACUGGUGGUGCAUUAUGCAAAGAAUGUAUACUCAGAGCUUCAGAUGUAGACUUGUAAUUCAGAACAUGGGGAAACGGAAAAAGAUGCUGUUAUUUUUUUAUACUCAGAGGAAAAACCUACCGCUUGGCAUGUUCGUUAUGUUGCCUUUAUGUGCUCGGACAGCGUGGCCCGGGUCUCGUCUCUCAGCUCGGGACCUUUCGUCGGCGCGGACGUCGCCGUUGUAUCACAACUGCAGCCACAUUCAUCCUUCGCCGAACUGCACGAGUUUGGCGUCUGUAGAGGAUCGGGGAGAGCUGUCUGGAGUAGCCUUUGUAAUAAGAGUCAAAUCCCAUUUGUACAUUUCUAUGCAUGUCAAAUUGAAUGCGGACAGGUGAAAGAAAAGUAGUAAUAAGAGGUUUUUUUUAAAAAGUGAAAGGAAAGUGAAGAAAGUAGUAAAUCCUCACACAAUGCCAGCACUGCAUUUAUGAAAUAUAUCAUUUUUUCAGUCAUAGAUCUUUGUAUUAUCCAAACAUUUACAACAUUGUAUUGCUUAAGUACAAAUGCAGAUAGCAAUCUGUCCAGUCUCAUCAGGGCCAGUAAGGCAGCCCGGAUGUCAUUUCACCCUUACGACAAGUUUGAAUAGCUUUGAUACUAAUGCUCAAAUGGACAUUAAUCUUUUUUGUAAUAGUUGUUCCUCGCAAAGUGGAGAGAAAUUCUUAUACUGUGAUUCUUAUACCACACAAACUCGAGACCUCUGUCUUUUAACACCAGUUGUGUACUCGAGAGAUACGAUAAUGUGAACAUUUACAUAGAAAUGUACAAAUCCUUCAAUUACUAAAAUACAACGUAUUCACAUUUGUAAUUCCGGUAAAAACACACCCAUCAUGGCACUACUUUAACUCCAUAGAUGGCAUCUCUUAGUGUACUUGACAGAUAUACUCUGAUGCGGCGCUUGGCCAUGAAUGUGAGUGAAGUUGGACCCGUCCUGAACUCUUGUGUCUUAAUCCGAAACUGACAAGUUUUACCAUCUGUUUUUAUUUUUAAUUUUUUCUCAAGCCACAAACUUCUGUCCAUUGAAAUAACACGUGACACGGUGAUGAUUAGGCCUGGAUAGAUGAGCGAUGAGUUAGGAGGUGAAAUCUUCAUGCCCUCAAAAUGGGAAAGGAGUGGGUACUUUCCCUCACUGCCGAGACCUUAAACGACCCACCCUGUCCUCGACUGCCGUCAUCACCAUCCGUCCAAUGCCAACUUCCUGGGAUAUGGAUUCUGCACUUCAGUAAAUUGGCUAACUGAUUGAUGUAUCGAUGAAUCGUUCAUUCUGUGAAGAUGACUCCUCGGGUCAGCGUUUGCUUGUGGGUGAUGUUUUCAUGGCCCUGAUGUGUGAUGAUAGGAAAUGGGGAUUUUCUUUUUCUUUUUGCUGAAACACUGAUGCCUUGUUUCGCUCCCCCGGCCCCGGCAUGUGUAUUUUGUAUCUUUUCUACAUACCAUGCCUCCGUUUGAGUUAUGUUUUCUUUCAUUCUUUUUUGUUUUUGUUUGUACCACUGAUGUUUACGAGAAUGUGUAUCCUCAUGGUCCUAUAUUGUAUAUUUGGAUUUAUUUUGUCUUGUACCACAGUAUAGCCAUCGCCACUGACAUUUCAAGUCAUGUCGUUUCAACUGAAAGGAAAAAAAAAAAAACCAGAUCAAUAUAUGAAGCAAAAUAAACACGAUAAUUUGUAUA